AAGCCAAGGAGUUGCAGAGAAAUACUACUUUCUACAACCAUGGCAACUCUUUGUACAACCAGUUUCUUCCCAGUGCUCCUCCUCCUGCUCGCCACCUGCAUCCCCUCUGCCCUUUCACAGAAUUCUACCGGCCAGCUCCCCCCAGCCAAUGCCUGCAGCUUGACCACUAACCCUUCCUUCUGCAAAUCCGUAAUACCCCCUCAAACGCGCUCAAAUCUCUAUGGCUACGGCCGGUACCUGGUCAAGAAGUCGCUGGACCAGUCGGCGAGGCUCGCCGCCCUCAUCGACCGAACCAUAAGGUACAACACCACCCUCACCACACCCGCUCUGGGUGCGCUCCAUGAUUGUUUGCUUCUCUCCCAACUCACCACCGACUUCUUGGUGACCUCCCUUGGCACCCUGAACUCAUCCGACUCCACCACCCUGCAAGACACCCAGGGCGACGACGUCCAAACCCUUCUGAGCGCCAUCGUCACGAACCAGCAGACCUGCUACGAUGGUCUCACCCAGGCUUCCUUCCUGACAAGCAAGAAUUCCCUGCAUGCCCCACUUGUGAACGGGACACAACUCUACAGCGUGUCCCUUGCCAUGUUCACCCACUCAUGGGCCCCAAAAUUCAAGCACAGGAGGGCCCUCAAGCCCGGGCGCAAGCUUCUCGACGAUUUGAAGGUCGGCCAAGGCGGUUUGCCGAGCUGGGUGAACCGGGGCGUUUUCGGGCUCAAGAGGAGGAUGGCUCUUGACACUGGUAGUGUGCUGGUGAAAACCAUUGUCACCGUUGCUCAGGAUGGCAGUGGAAAUUACAGUACCAUCUCCGAGGCGGUUGCCGCCGCGCCAAAUAAUACUCUGCCGAGCAAGGGAUACUAUGUCAUCUACGUAAAGGCUGGGGUGUACCAAGAGUAUGUGUCCGUGGACAAGAAGAAGCAGAACUUGAUGAUGGUCGGGGAUGGCAUCAACCGGACUAUCAUCACCGGUAGUCGCAGCGUGGGAGAUAACUUCACCACGUUCAACUCCGCAACUCUGGCUGUGGUGGGACCAAAUUUCAUCGGACGGGACUUUACUGUGCGGAACACGGCUGGUCCAGCGAAACAUCAGGCCGUCGCCGUCCGGAACGGUGCUGAUCUGUCCACGUUCUACCGCUGCAGCUUCGAGGGUUACCAAGACACUCUUUAUGCCCAUUCCCUCCGUCAAUUCUACCGAGAAUGUGACAUCUACGGCACCGUAGAUUUCAUUUUCGGCAACGCGGCGGUUGUUUUCCAGAACUGCAACCUCUACGCUCGGCUGCCCAUGUCCGGCCAACAGAACAUGUUCACGGCCCAGGGCAGAACCGAUCCCAACCAGAACACGGGCACCUCCAUAAUCAAUUGCACCAUAUCGGCUACUCCCGAUCUGUCGGCCAAUGGCCAGAUCAAGUCGUUCUUGGGUAGGCCGUGGAAGAACUAUUCGAGAACGGUUUACCUGGAAUCCUUCAUCGAUAGCGUGAUCGAUCCAUCUGGCUGGGCGCCAUGGUCCGGAAAUGAUUUUCUGAGCACCUUGUACUACGGGGAAUACAGCAACAGGGGCCCGGGAUCUAACACCAGCAGCAGAGUGACAUGGCCGGGAUAUCAUAUCAUGAGUUCAACUGAUGCCGCCAACUUCACGGUGACUAAUUUCGUGCAAGGCGAUGUGUGGUUGCCUGCCACAUCUGUGCCUUUCUCUGCUGGUCUCGCUUGACCACACUAGAUUUAUUCACUUACAUGAUCAAUAAUUAAGCUCCCUCGAAGAGGAUGGCCCUUCGUUUGGUUAUUCUUCAGCAGCAUAUGAUCAAUAAGUUACGCGACUUGGUCGCCUUCUGUAUUUAGUAGCUUCAAACUCAACCAAUUCGAAAUGGUGCGUCUAAUUUGGCUGGUUGAGUUGUUUAUUGACGGUGCAAUUGAGAUAUUCAUACCCAUUUACUUUAAAUAACAGUGAUCUGCACACUUUUACAAUUUCA